AUGGCUGAACAAAUUACUCAUAAAAGACCAUUGAAAAUAAGGCUCGACAAGGAUAAAAGAAAGCUUUUACAAGAGUAUUAUCAUCUAAAUGAGGCACAAGCUCAGUCGCAAAACAAACACAAUCUCCCUUCGCAAGAUCAAAGCUCUGAAAUCGAAUCGACAAAUGAUAAUGAAAAUGAUACAACUGCAACAACGACACCGACACCGGCACCUGUAGACAAGCCCAUAUCUGAUUCUACUCUGGCUGAACUUGUGCACAUACACAAUACGCUUUUGACGAAGGAAACUGAGACCAAUAACACAAUCAAAAACACCAUAUAUGAAAAUUACUACGACCUGAUAAAGGUCAAUAAGCUUCUAAGCAGUGUUGCAGAGGAAAGCACUGUCAAUAUAGAGCAACUGAGAGCUACUCUGGAACUACUUACUCCACCACAAUCAAGGAAAGAUAAGGAAAGCACGUGA